AUGUCGCAACCAACCUUUUCCUCGACAUCGCAAACAACAAUCACCCCUCACAAUCAGCAGCCUUUUGUCACGCGGAACUACCCUACCGAAUCCGAACUCGAUGCUACGAUAGUGAGGGCCGCUGAGGCACAGAAGGCUUGGGCCAAGGUCCCAUUAGAGGAGAGGAUUAAAAUUGGCCGGAAAUUCAUCGAUGAAUUCAAAUCCUUGGCCCAGUCCUCCGAACCCAAUCUUUCUCUUGAACUAACCUUGCAAAUGGGUCGACCGAUUUCACAAAUCCAAGCCGAAAUAAAUGGCUUCUUGGACCGUGCAGGAUACAUGCUAUCAAUUGCUUCUGAAGCUCUGGCGGACAUACCCUUGACGGAUACCGAUAAACCUGGAUUUCGACGGUUCAUUAAGAGAACACCAUUGGGUGUGAUAUUGGUCAUUGCCCCUUGGAACUACCCAUAUCUAACCUCGAUAAACUCUGUCCUUCCCGCUCUCAUUUCUGGCAAUGCAGUGCUACUCAAACCAUCUCCGCAAACUCCAUUAACAGCCGAACGAUUCGCUUCUGCCCUGGUCUCUGCAGGAGUCCCGCCAGACGUCAUCCAAGUGGUACAUCUUAGUCCGGAAUUAACGCGACAUGCAGUGGAGAACAAGAAUGUGCAAUUCGUCAGCUUCACAGGCAGUGUUGGUGGCGGGAAGAAGGUCGAGGAAGCAGCUGUCAAUGCGAAAGGAUUCAAGGGCGUUGCGCUUGAACUCGGAGGCAAGGAUCCAGCGUACGUUCGGGCGGAUGCAGAUUUAGAUUACACUGUUGCUGAGCUCGUAGAUGGCGCGAUGUACAAUUCUGGUCAGAGUUGUUGUGCGAUUGAGCGCAUUUACGUUCACGAAUCUAUCUACGAUCCAUUUGUUGAAAAGUAUGCUAAUAUUGUCAAGCAAAACUACAAACUUGAGGAUCCAACACUCCCCACGACCAACCUCGGACCUGUCGUCUCACUUGCUAGUGCAGAACGAAUUCGUAAGCAAGUAGAUGAUGCGGUAAAGGCUGGUGCAAAGAAAUUGAUCCCAGAGGAGUUGUUCCCCGAAGCGAAAAUUGGGACGACGUACGUAGCACCACAAGUGUUGGUCAAUGUAGAUCACUCAAUGGACGUUAUGAUGGAAGAAACCUUCGGCCCCGUCGUUGGAAUUCAGAAAGUCUCUUCAGAUGAAGAAGCCAUCAAACUCAUGAACGACUCGCCGUAUGGGCUUACUGCCUCUGUAUGGACCUCUGCAUCGACAUCGGAAUCGUCGGAGGAAGCCUUUCUAAAUAUCGCAGAUCAGAUCGAGACUGGCACAGUCUUUUUGAAUAGAUGUGAUUACCUCGAUCCUGCGUUGGCUUGGACGGGGGUGAAGGAUAGUGGGAGAGGAAUUAGCUUAAGUCGUUUUGGAUUUGACCAGUUGACACGGGCAAAGAGCGUUCAUAUGAAGAUUAAGACUGGUUGAAUUGCGAGUGAUAUAUUUCUAACGAGGUUGAGGCAGUUGACGAUAUUGACCUUGUGCUAUUGAUGGUACUGCCUUUUGGCGAGAGCCUCUCAAGGCGUAACAUAGCGGAAUGUCGAUCUGUAAGGGCAGCCCGCU